GGCAUUCGCGGAGAGAGAUCUUUCAGUCCAGUCGCGGCUGUUGUCGAGGGAAGUCAGCUCCGUUUUUCUUUCGGCAGCUGGCCUUUCGUCGGCGUUCUGAAAACAGGUGCGCAUACUACAAGAAUAAGACUCAAAGCGGCGCCGGCACGGAUCGCUCCACCGAUAUGAGCCCACGACAAGGGACCGCACUCUGAAAGUGUACAAAUGGGAACGCUGACUCGAGAUCCCGAUUACGGAUCCACCCACGAGUUCUUCAACAAGGACUGCCCAGGAAGUUUGGACUCUGGAUACUCUGGUGGUCUUCCCAUCCUCAAUGAGUCCCUUGAGCGGGACGCGAACAUUGACGCUCACAACGGCACCAAAGUGUCUAGCCUCAAAUCAUCACCUCAAUGGCUGAAGGUCAAGGCUCUGGCCUGGAUCAUUCCUGUCGUCUACACUCACUUCUGGCUCGCAGCCGUGAUCUCACUACUGGCGCCUUACUUUCCACCUCUUGCUUCGUCAAGAGGUGUACCGGCCUGGAAAUACGGCUUUGUCUUCUCAGCAGUCAAACUUUCGAUGCUGCCGGGAUCCGUGAUAGCAGAAAAACUGAUUGCAAAUGUUUCGCCAAGAGUAGGCUAUCUUGGGGGCCAGGCAUCGGUCUCCUUGUUUAGCAUUCUUUUUGGGACAUUGUACUGGGUACAAGAUGGCAAUACACUCUUGGCUCUGGCAAUUACGUGCAUAGCAUUUGGUGGCUGCAUGUACACAACGUACAGUAUCUGUCUCUACAGCCUCCUGAGCAAUAGGUUUCAUGAAGAUGGAGGCAUCUUAAUCGGAAUCAUGGAGUGCCUCUGGGGAUUAGGCACUCUUGUUGGAUCAAUUAUAGGUGGAGCCCUCAUAGACCUCUGGGCAUAUCCACUUCCUUUUUUUGUCAUGGGAACCUUACUUAUUUUCUCCUUUCCUGCAAUGGCUGUUAUUGAUCCAAAGAGCACAAAACAAAAAGUUACUCCAGUUGUUGUGAUACGGGCACGGGAGGCAGACGGCCCUGGAGGGAAAAAGUACUACAAGCUUUUACUCGACCCCAUGUUUCUAGUCAACUUAUUUAGCGUGAUGCUCAGCUGGGCGAUAACAAGCUUCAACGAACCAACACUGGAACCUUACCUACGCCAGUUCAGUUUUACAAGCACGCAAGUCGGAAGCGUAUUCACGGUCCAAUUCAUCGGCUACUCCGUUGGUGCAGUCCUCGGAGGCGUCGUGUCCAAGUACCGGAUGGAGACAUUUUUCACAUUUUUUAGUCUGCUGCUCUCAACCCUGGGCUUUCUCAUAAUGGGACCGGCGCCAUUUCUUCCUAUUCGGCCUAAUCUCGUCUUCAUUUACUUGGCCCAAAUAUUUAUGGGGAUCGGCAUGUCUCUCAUGUUCAUUUGCCCCUACAUGCACGCACUGCGAGACGUCGUUGAAAGAGUUGGCUAUCCCGAUACCCUCAAGACAAACGGCGUCGUAUCAAGCGCAACUUACCAAUUCAUGAUCUCCGGAGCCGUGAUUACAUCACCACUUGCCGGAUACCUGGUAGAAAAGUACGGGUACAGGCAGGGAUCAAUGCUCAUGUUCUGGCUCCUAGCUUUCUGGACCGUGGUAACCUUCCUGGUGUGGCUUCAAUCGGAAUUCGUUUUAUUCCGAAGAAAACGGGAAGAAGAUCAGCAGCUUCUUGUUAAUGACACCCAGCAUUCGUACUCGCCAUCUCUUCUUUCGGCACCAAGUGUUUCCUGAUACUAAGGCACUCGAUGAGCCGCAAAACCGGAACGUCCUUUUUUUUCAAUCUAGUCUUACAAUAACGUGAUUAUCAACGUUCCAUUGUGUAUAUGCAUCUUUGUGCUACUGCCCCUGGCACUAGGAGCGCCGACGCUUCAAGACGCUGCGUCCAUUCGCGAAAGUCAAACCGCGUUCUCAAAUGACUUUAAUGUUCGCAUGAUGACGUCUUAGAACUGGCCAGCUGUGUUGCCUGCCAUGAUUCCGGUGUUGGCACAGCAGCAGAGCUGGACAUGGCAGACGCCUGUUCUGCAUGAGGUCACUCUCCAGCUUGACAGUCCAUGGAUGGCUCUUCAGUCAGGAGUUGGGACGUUGUGACGACAGCGACACUCAUAUUUGCUCGUAGCGUUUUGCCGGAACUUCUAUGACCAACUUCAAGGAUCGCGAAAUCCGACAACAUGACAUGCCGGGUCGCGUGACGUAAUUGGUUGCCGUUUGGAGGCUACUUCGGACGUAUGGGCACUAUAAAGCGCUAAACAGACCAAUCGAAGACGCCUUCCGGGCACCGUAGCCAAUCGUCGGCUGUCACUCUUAAAGCUUCCAGGAGGUUGCUUGUAAACCAGCGCACUACUUACGAACAAGCCCGAGAUUUCCCACAGCACUGCGCCUGCGCAGAAACGCGAUACGCAUGAGGUUAAGCGCCCCCGUAUGGACCAUGCCGACAGCAGCGCCACCGCAGCGGAGUAACGUCAGUGUCGUUUGCUUGUACAUAAACAAUGAGAAGGCAGCGACCGACUUUUUGCGAGCUCAUCACGCGCAUACUUACAGCUUCCAGUGCUCGCUUUAUGCAUUUUCUGACUAAAAAACAUCAGUGCAACGUUAAAUUAAGCAUAGCAACAUCGUGUUUAUAAUACGAAUACGAAACAGCAGUGACAGAGCUGCGUUGUCAGAUCGGGUGACCGCUAAGCUUAAAAUGCGGUGCAGACGCAGCAAUCGCAACGGCGUACCUAAAAAAAAAAAAAAAAAAAAAAAAAAAAAAAAAAAACAGCAGGAGUGAUGUUUGUGUCACUUUUAGACAGAGUAUAAAAGACAGUAAUCAUUAUCGCCCAAAUAAAAUAUAUAAAAAUGUGUGUACAGUAUCAACGAAUGUCCUUUGUUUCGUACUAUACGCUACUGAGUAAUAACACCCAUCGGUGUUUUGGUCGGUUUCUCUUCAUGCAUUCAAAAUUAGGACUGAAUUGAUCGUAUGCUCACAAGUCCCUGAGAUUAUGCUGAGUCAAACUAGACUCGCAACACCAAUUGUUGGUCUUCCCGUAAUCAAGUUAGGUGAGUGAAAAAAGCCAUCGAAUGAUAAUUAAAUCGGAUGCAACCUUCAUGACAAAAAGCACUCGCUACCUUUGUAAGAUGCAUUGGUUCAACUUCUCGGCUGGAGCGGAGACACGGACUCUCCUUGAGGAAGAUGAACAUCCCGCCGUAUCUGACAGCUUAAUAAACACGGAGCCUGGCUUUUUGCGUACAGAAAUAUUUUUCCGUGAUUCGUUUUUUGGCAUACUUAACGGUUCAUGGCGCAACCUCAUUUGCUCUGGGACAAAAAUAAAAUUAUCCGGACUCGCUACGCCCUGUGUUUCUUAAGCUACCAGUGAUAAUAUGAACAUACAUGCAACACAAUUACCACCUACUCGGUCACCGAGAUUCUAAGACACUUUGAAUGUGAUACUGAUCGCCCUGUCUAUCCGAUUAAAGGAAAACAGUAGUUUGGUUAUUGCCAUUAAAUCGCGAAGCGCGAUUCGAGUAAGAGUUUCGUAGAGUGCAUAGCCUUAUGGCACGAUUUUCAAGUUGUUCGAGCCCAUCCACCGAUGUGUCGUUUUUGACCCUGAGAUUUUGCUGCUCCGGACAUAUUAGCUUAUUUCGCCGCGACUGUGUAACUUUUGAUUUGACUUUGAGAUUUGACGCGUCUAUUUGGCAGUAGGCUUUUCUCGUACGUGCAAGUUAGAGGGACGUAGAGUGUGCAGUGGAACUGUAACUGGAACUUUUUAUCUGGAAGGGGACAAACUAUCUAAUGUUGACCCACCGACGGCAAUAAAGUUAUUUAUUACAUCCUGA